CACCUUCGACAUACAAUCUUAAGUACCUUGAUCUUCCCGUGAUUCCUUCCUUGUUCUGUCCCAGUUCUCUACAAUCAAACCCCUCGCGACCAUAAGAGUCACGUUCACACUUCUGUGCUUGUUCCCCGACAACCGUUCUCUCUCCCGCCAUGCAACGGAGUACCAGUUACUCCUAUCCCGCCUCGAUGGCUAGCAACACCAGAUAUUCCUCGACACAUGCCAGCAGCUCUGCUUUCAGUGCCUCUGCAAACCCCAAUGAGGACUGGACCAAGAUAUCAGACCUGGCAGAGAGGAGGAGAAUCCAAAACCGAAUCGCUCAGCGAAACUAUCGAAAGAAACUCAAGCGAAGAUUGGAAGACUUGGAACGUCGAGCCGGGUCCUCCUCAGCAUCUCCUGAACAGUCACAUUCAGAACUGGCCACACCACCACAGCAAGCCCAGGAGCCGACUCAAAAGUCCUCAGGCAUGGGCCGACAGUUGUCAUCGUCGAGCGAGACUCCGGAGAUGCACACGGCCUCUCCAGAGAUUCUUCCUCUUGAUGACCCCGGUUCGUACUACGACACGGCAACUUCUCGACAGAUGGCCAUCAACUCGACACCCACAUUCUCCUACGCAUCAUACCCGCCCACGACCUCAUACUAUCAGUAUGAGCAACAACUUCCGCAAACCGCCUAUGAUGGCUCUUCGACCUACUAUUCGACAUAUCCGUAUCCCACCGAUCACUUGGCAUCGACUCUACCGCCGACAUUGCCAUCAAUGCUUUCGUCCACGUAUCCCAAGCAGGGCCUCGUGUUUGGCGACGAAGACUUGCUGAGCCCGUUCAGUAUGAAUUAUGCUUCUCUGGCCGGCUUGGAGAUGCCCUCUAGUCAAACUUAUGGAGGCAGUCAUUCACAUGUAAAUCCCACCACAUUCCUGUCUCGUUCAUAUUGCAGGCCGCAAGUUUGACUAGCAUCACUGGCACGCCUUUGAACUCCACGCCUGUUCGUCAUUUUUGCAGCUCACAUGCUGACCUCCUCUGGCUAGACACCACCUUUGACAGAUCCUUACUCGAUGGAUUCGGCAUACAACUCGCCAGGGAACCCAGACUCGCCACCGACGCCAGUGUUGAGCACGAACAGUCCAAACUUUUAUCUUUUUGAUAUUAGUUGCAAUUGAUGCGCCUAUCGGGGCCAUUCAAGCUUCUAGGAUGGUCAAGGAAUUGCUAAGAGUGGCAUGUCAAGCCAACUCUCGGAUAUGAUUGAUGAUCGGAUGAGCAUGUAGCAUUAUUGCCCAGGCCAGAGGCAUUGGGGGAGCAUCCAAACGGCAAGGUAACAGGGAAUAGGGACCAGAUAGAACGGGGACCUUCACAAGAAAGACGCCAUAUGACAAUAGCAAGUGCAACCUGGUGGCAAUGCCACAGGACACCACUUCGCAUGAGAGCGAGUCCACCCCAUUGUAAUUAACUCGGCACUCCGAUCUAUGCAGACUCG